AUGUUACAUCGCCUCAAGAAUAGAUUUGCGGCAUCUUCGGGUGAGCCGUCACCACCACAGCAAUCAGUAUACAGAUGGUGCUACGUGGAGCAAGUGGAUCAAGCCGAACCCCUGGCAAACAGGAGUAACGGGUGGCGCUAUGUAGGCCCGCGAGGGGUUACGUAUCGUCGCCAGGCGGGCUUCGGUGCAGGAUACCGGAUUCUUGGAGGUGAUCAAUCACUGGAAAAUUUCCAAUCCUGGGCAAGAAGGAAGUGGCGGCGCGGCCUGGUCCACCCGAGAGAUGCCGAUGCAUGGAAGACCGCCUUUAUCGACGUCGAGGGCGGUGGCCGCGGGCAGCUCGUCGAUCAUGAAGGCAUCCCGACUUCCUUGUCGAACCUCCAGGUCCGCGCCGGUAUCGACUCGCCGAGCCCUAGCUUCAGACAACUCAACAUCGCAUCCUUUGGUAACAGGGUUGUGAGAUACGAACCUCUGACCACGGAUGUCGACCCUGUAACGGGAUCAUUCACGAUCUCGACCGGUGGUGGACGGCGAAGGGAGGGUGCCACUGAACCGCUGAGGAAUGCGUUGGAUGGUGGUAACUACUUCCGCAACCUGUAUUCAGUGCUUCUGGGUCGAGACGUGGGGAGCGAAGAGUUCGAUACGUGGCUUGCGGGGUGGCUAAGUAUGACUAAGGCGAACGUCGUCGUGUGGUCACACAGGGGCUCUGGCGACAAUGUCCUUGGGCCAGUCGACGAAAAAACAAAUCUCCGGCCGCCAGCAUUACACGUUGGGGUUCGCGAGGGACACGUGUACCGAUUGGAGGUCGACGGGCCAUGGAGGGACCGGUUUGGAUCAUCCUUGGACGUGGCCAUCGAGCACAGUGUUAGAACCCAGCGAAGAUUCCGUCGGAUUGCCGAGGCCGUCGAAGAGGAAGAGAAACCGGACACCACUGGGUGUGGAAGCAGGGCUUUUUUGCGUGUUGCGGACAUCGAAAAAGAGAUCAUGUCCAUGAGCCGAUUAGACAAGGAUCACGACCCGCAGUCGGCGCAGAAGCGGAAGCGAGGAACAAACGCAUCAGCAUCCACGACGUGGUGCUCGCCUCCGGGAACUGCUCUCGAAGAAUUGAUGCUCCACCUGCACAUUCGUGGCAUCUCAUGCAGGGGGAAACUUACCAACUACAGCCAUUGGGACUCCCUCACCUUACCCUCACAUGACAUCACUAUCCGGACGUGGUGCGCCGCAAGCAUGGGCGGGUUGGACCCGAACGACUUUCGGCCCGGUGAGGCUACCCGGUUGAUUGAGCUGCAAAACGCGUUGGGUCAGCAGUUUUAUCGUCGUGUCAUGGACUUUGGAGUUUCGAGCCAAUACAGCCAGUCCCUCCUCUCCCUUCUCGAGAUAUGCUGGCGCGGACCAAUCGUCGGCGCCGAGCAAGCGUCUGGGAAUUCGUACGGGCCGGAAGACUGGCAGUGCGACAUCAACGGGGCACACACGGCAGCCCUUUUGAGCAUGGAUACGGUGUCGGUGUUCGCCCUCAUGGACGAAGUGCAGGAGUACGAUGACCACGAAAUUGAGGAUUCGACGCUUUACGUCGUUCGGCUGGAUGACACAGGGGACCCUGACGUGUAUCUUAAUGCUGAUGUGACCCCAAUCACGGGUCGGAACUACAACCGGUGCAUUCAGCAAAUUCACAGAUGUGUUCGCCAUCGAGUGACUCACUUUGUGAGGCCGGCAAGGACGGUCGAAAAAUGCCACAUACCUUACGUGGCCAGAGAGCUGCUCACGCGGGAGCUUGGGGACCCCCUCCUGGAGGGCGCCGAAAGCGCUCGCAAAUUUAAGAAAGGGAUAUUCGUGCGGACUAGUGGAAUGUUGCAGCAGAGAUAUGCGGACAGGAUCGAUGCUGUCAUGGUUACGGGCAGUGACGAGGCCUUAGCUGUGGGUGGAAAGGUCGUACGGGUCCUCGGUGAAGUCCAACAUGUGAAGGCCGGCCUACGCACAGGCGACAAAGAGCUGGGUUUCGAACCACUCGCUACCGGGGACGCUUACCUUUGCUUCGAAGCGAAACGAACUUGGUUCAGAGACGGCUUCUGGGCCUUGGGUGAAGAAAUUCUCGACCGAACUCGACUGCGUGUGUUGGAGGUACGGAAUGCUCUUGAAUCCUGCGGCGCAUCAGACUUUAGCUACCAAUUUGACGCGGUAUUCUUCAAGGCAUCUCCCGCAGUCCAGGAUGAAAUGAGGCUCCGCUUUGGCCAUCUGUUCAGUGACCUCCGAAAGUCGCGUCUUCCAUGGCAUCGAAACCAAACUAUCCCUGAGUGCGUUACCACCCGCAUUAGGGCAAACCCAUGCCCGCCCAAACGGGUCCUACGGGUGGUUCCGCUGUGGGAUGGCAUUGGGACGAGCUUCCCAUCCAUGGAUGACACCCACAGAGCCCGGCUUUCUUUCACCAAAGACCAAAAACUACAGAUUUGGCCGGAGGUGUGCGAAGAGGAGUCACCAGUAACCCUUGAACGACUACUACGUGCGCUGAAGUUCGAGGUGGAAAGGGUCGUUUGCGCGGUGACCGGGGAGCAUGGGGGAGCGGGGAAGAGUUACUGCGCAACCCGUGCUGCAACGGCCAUCUUCAAAACUGGGCUUGUCGUAACCCCCACCAAUAGUUUGAGAACGUCCUUCACAGACAUGCCAUGUGGGUGGAGUGUAAAGACCUCCGACCACCAGCUCGGUUUCUAUCUGGGGGAUGAUUCUCACGUCAAGAAAACGGCGGGGUCGAUACGAACGCUCAAGGCUGACGUGAUCAUCAUUGAAGAAGCUGCUUAUAUGCCUCUCCGGACACCAAGCAUGAUAUUGGCUGCUGCCCAUUGCAGCGGCACCCACGUGAUCGGGACAUACGACAUGCACCAACUCCAAACGGUUGAGGACAGUAGCGGUAUGUCGACAAGUAGGGACAAUGUGGACAGGAGGGUCGUCCUCGAAAAGGCUUUCCCCAUCUGCUUUCAUCUCUUCGCGCGCAAGCGGGAUAAAACUACCGAAGAACAAGUGGAGAUGGACGAUGGCCUCUUGUAUAUUCUCGGCGCGGGACACGACCGUCACAUGGCACAGACACGAGCUAUCGAGAGGUUUGGCUGCGGGCGCUCGACUUAUCACCAUAGCCCGUCAGAUUUUCACCUCGCUUACACUAGAGACUGCGCUCGAUUCCAUGCCUUCCGAGGUUUGUUGGGGUGCAACGAACUCGGUGGCUGGGAUUUGCUUGGACACGCAAAGCUUGUCGGCGCACAAUAUCGAGACCUUGGAAGGUCGGGCAAGAUACAAAAAAAACAUAUAUACAGUGUCGUCCGAUCCUCGGCAGAUACAGUCGUCGUCGAGAGUGCAUUUGACGAUGGUGCUAGUCUUGGGGAGACGUCACUCUGUCGAGCAGAAGCAGAAAACUUGUUUGAUCCUCCGGGAUCAUGUACAGUACACUCGGUCCAGGGCCGAACGGUCGAGGGAAGAUUGGUUAUCCACCAAGCCCGUCAUCCUCACGCCGACAUGAAUUGGUUGUAUACGGCGAUAAGUCGAGCGACCGGUCCUUCAAACGUUUCAAUCGUGGACGACGUGCACCGCAGCAAGAGCAACAUGUCCGACCGAGGGAGGGUGUCAUGGGUUUCUCGCAAGAUUUCAAGCUACAUCUACGCCGACGUUACGGCCGGCCGUCUUGAACCAGACGAGGGUAUGCAGCAUAGGGAAGCUCUUGCCGAAGAGCUUCUGAACUCGUACGGAGGUAGAUGCUGCCUGUGCUCAUGUGAGCUUGUAUGGGCCGUUUACAGCGAACGCCAACCGACUCUCGACCGCCUUGACUGCUCUUUGCCUCACACUCCUGACAACGCGGACGUCAAAUUCUUGAGGUGCAAUCGCGCUCGUGGUAGCCAGGGGAGAGGACGCACAAAAAGAAAAAGGCGUGGAAUAACGGUGCACGCGAGCGAUCUCAUCGACGCCAUGCAGUCCAUCAUCAGAUACGCACGCCCGAAUUACUUCUAACUUGCGUGUGCGUUGUCGCUUGUGUCUGGGAGGGGUCUAGCGGAGCUUGCCGGGAACGCUGACUUUUCACCAAGCACGCGUGGCCCCUACGAGUCGGAGGUUAUGAUGGGAACUGUGGCCCGGGUCCUGUUGUUGUGCGAGUAUAACCACUUCAUCGAAGGUCUCACGAGGUUGCGCGGCACGAAAGAUACCUCCUGUCUCACUGCCGCACAGAAAAAUCAACGCUACAGCAAGUCAGCCAACAUCGCCGCUAGGAAACUAUUGCCGACGGAUGGUGAUCGACGCGUGUUUGGUGAUCUUAAGGUUUUACAUGCCGCGAUUUCCUACCGGGUAUUAAAAAAACGCGACUUGGAUUUGGUCGGGUGGGUCGGGGUUGCUGUGGGUAAUGGGUGGGUGAUUGUACGAGUAGGGUAUAGCGGUAGAAUUCACAUGAAUAUAAUCGUGUUAUGUACCAUGUUAGAAUUUCAAUAGACCCGAAAAAUAAUUAUACAAAAAUAUUUGAAUAAACACAAAACGCGUGGGCCAGACAGGCAGCGAAAGAGUAGUGUGGGUAUGGAGGCUUCCCAGCAACUCUGUGGUGCACCCGGGCAUGUACGUAUAAUGCUGACAACGGAAAGAAAGCUUCCUUGCGCUUAUGAGUGUGAGGAUCUCCGCACCGUGUCACAGCGUUGUCUCUGAUCGCGUUGUCUCUGAUCGCGUUGUCACGUUUGGAGCCGAAACGAAAUUAUUGUGCGAGCAGCCACUAGCGAGAAGACACACUCGAACAAUGUUGUUGUUGUUGUUGUCUUCACAUUAAACCGUAUGUCAGUUGCCAAAUGCCAAAAUCUAGCAAAAGACUCUCAGCCCGUGGUCACGAAAGCGCUAGAGCCAUCUGAGGAUCUAAAGAACACGCACACAUAAAACGAGAAAAAGGUAUCCAAGAGCCCGAAGAGGUACACCUUAAAAUCCCUGCAGCACCGUAUGCGUGCCCAAAAACUGAACUGCACGUCCGUCCCACCGUUCGACUACAGUAGCAUCACCCCCUCCCUGUCCCACUCUAUACCAAAACGGAAGAUUGCCGACUACAGCAUA